GAAUUCAACCGAAAGAAGAUCACCUUGGAACAGGUUUUCUUGAAGGACACGCCUCUCUAAUUUUUUCAGAAUGUCAAAAAAGCCUGAAUGUGUGAAGGUCGUGGUGAGAUGUCGACCCCUAAAUCAAAAGGAAACAUCUGAUGGGCAUGAACGAGUCGUGGAAAUGGACGUUAAGAGAGGGGUGAUUGAGGUAAAGAACCCAAAGGGUGCGGAAUCUGAGCCUCGCAAGAAGUUCACUUUUGACUCUGUCUACAACUGGAAUUCUAAACAGAGAGACCUGUAUGACGAGACUUUCUACGAUCUUGUGGACUCUGUGCUCCAGGGAUUCAAUGGAACAAUUUUUGCCUAUGGUCAGACUGGCACGGGGAAGACACACACUAUGCAAGGUUCAAAAGCCAGUAAGGAAGAGUGGGGAGUGAUUCCCAACUCAUUUGAGCAGAUAUUUCAGCACAUUUCACAGUCACAGAACCAACAGUACUUAGUCCGGGCCUCUUACUUGGAGAUCUACCAGGAAGAAAUCAGAGACUUGUUGUCCAAGGAUCAAACAAAGAGGCUGGAGUUGAAGGAGAGAACAGACACAGGCGUCUAUGUAAAGGACCUAUCAUCAUUUGUGACGAAAAGUGUAAAAGAAAUUGAGCAUGUGAUGAAUGUUGGCAACAACAACAGAUCUGUGGGGGCCACCAACAUGAACCUGCACAGCUCCCGGUCUCAUGCUAUCUUCAUUGUGACCAUUGAAUGCAGUGAGGAAGGGGCUGACGGUGAGAACCACAUCCGUGUGGGCAAACUGAAUAUGGUAGAUCUGGCUGGCAGCGAGCGACAGAGCAAGACAGGGGCUACGGGCGAACGUCUUAAAGAGGCCACAAAAAUCAAUUUGUCCUUGUCAACUUUGGGUAAUGUCAUUUCUGCUCUGGUGGAUGGCAAAAGCACUCACAUUCCUUACAGGGACUCUAAGCUGACCCGACUGCUUCAAGAUUCCCUUGGUGGCAAUGCAAGGACUGUCAUGGUAGCCAAUAUUGGUCCUGCAAGUUACAACUACGAUGAAACGCUUACUACCCUGAGGUAUGCCAACAGAGCCAAGAACAUCAAGAACAAGCCGGUGAUCAAUGAGGACCCGAAGGAUGCUCUUUUGAGAGAGUUUCAGGAGGAAAUCAUGCGAUUGAAAUCUCAGCUUGAAGGUAAAGGGGGCCCAAAGAAGAAAAAGAAGAGGAGGAGUAGGAGAAACAGAGAUGGUCAAAUAGUCGAAGGAGAUGAGGAUGAUGAGGACGAAGAAGGAGAGAAUGAUGAAGACGACACAGAAGCAUUCAUGAAGGAGCAGGAGGCUAAACUUGAGCAAGAGAAAGUGGCCAUUUUGAACAACCAGUCUCUCAUUGCUGAAGAGAAAGAAAAACUGUUGUCCACUCUGAAGGACAAGGAGCAGACGCUGUUGCAGGAGAAGGAUUCCAGAGACAACCUGGCUCAGAAGAUUAAGGCGAUGGAGAGCAAACUCCUUGUUGGAGGGAAGAAUAUUGUGGACCACACGAAUGAGCAGCAGAGAGCUCUGGAGCACAGACGCCGAGAGAUUGCAGAACAGCAGCGCAAAGAGCGAGAGAUGCAACAGAAGCUGGAGGAAAAGGAGGAGACAGCCAUAGAGAUCCGGGAGACAUACCAGUCGCUGCAGCAGGAGGUUGAUGUCAAGACUAAGAAGCUUAAAAAGCUCUUUGGCAAGCUUCAGGCGACGCGCCAGGAGAUCCAGGACAUCCAGGAGGAACACGUGAGAGAGAGGCAGGAGCUGGAGCAGACGCAGAUGGAGCUGACCAGGGAGCUCAAGCUCAAGAUGCUGAUCAUUGAAAACUUCAUUCCAAGUGAGGAGAAAGUGAAAAUCCACAACAGAGCUAUGUACGAUGAGGACGAGGACACGUGGAAACUCAAGCCUUUGGCCAAUAAGAACGCGGAGACCAUGGCCAAAAGGCCCACCUCGGCUGUGGGGAACAGACGACCCAUGUCGGAGUUUGCUCGAGUUGCUGCUGCUGUUGGAGGCAACCCUCGCUAUAAGGCUGAGAACAUCUUACAAAUAGAGCUGGACAUGCCGAUCCGCACCACGCGUGACUACGAGGGCCCGACAGUGGCCCCGAGGGUGCAGGCUGCUCUGGAUGCUGCUUUACAGGACGAGGACGACAUCGAUAUCGACGGGAGCGUGUUCAGCAACAAGUCCUCACGCAAGAAGGGAGCUUCUAGGCCCAAAACAGGCACAAAGCGAGUGGAAGAGCAGAAGUACCCAAUGUCACGUGGUCUGGUUCCCAAGUAGGCGGAGUCUGUUUUGACCUCACCGAAGACUGCUGCUGAUUUACCCUUACAGAUACUCUGACCGACCGGACUUUGUACCCUUGAACUUAAGAUCUGUUUUUGUGGCACUGGUGAGGUUAUAUAAGCCACUUGUGAUGAUAAUUUGGGACAUAGUAAUGAAAAAAAGACCAACCAUGGAACAAGGAGAUUGUUUGAUUGUUUUUCGGUCUUUAUAGAGUGCAAAUUGAAAGUAUUUGAACUGUUUAUGAGAAGUUCAUAGGGAUUUUGUUUAAUGAAAGGUUUUGUAACAAAAUAGGCCCUACUUUUUAUCCAAAUAAUCAAAAAUGCUAGUAAAGCUGAUUGUUCGAUUUAUGAUCUGUGUGUCGUGGAAGGAGGAAUUGAAUUCAAGUAUUAUGAAAUCACAUUUUGUGACUAAUUAAUGUUUUAUUGCUGUAUCGAUCAAAGAUCUCAUCGGCGAUGUACAGGGAAAAAGCGGAAAUAUGAAUGUUUGAGAAAACUCUUUUUAUCACAAUACCCUUAAAAUGAAAAAAUGGGAAAGUGGUUAAUGGUAUACUGUUCUCAAAAACAUUUGUCUUUUUUUGCUCCUGUAAGCAUAUCUUUCCCUGUCUCUGUUGUCAACAUAAGAUAAAGCUUGAAGCUUAGGAGCUAUCACUAUCACUUAAGUGUGCAGAGUUCUGAGUACUUCGUGUUCCACCCUGCUUGUUGGUUCACCUCUUAAUCUCUAUAUUAGUCUAUAAGUCGAGGACUGUUUUACUGGAAUAUAUGAAGUAACCAUGUCUUACAUUUCUGUGUAAAUGGUCCAGAAAACAUUAUGCUGUUGACCUGUCCUAAUAGUUUUUCUCAUGCUUGAGAUUCCUUAAGCUGGAAAACGUUUUGUCUGAGAUUUAAGGAGAGUGGUGGGGUUCAGGCUAACCACUCUUUCUGCUUUAAAAAAAAAAAGAUGCUUACUGUUGAAAUAGUCUUUUCCCUUGAGUGUACUGAAGUAAAGAGAAGACUAGAAGCCAGAGCAAAUUGAGGGAGCAGAUCUGUAGCAGUGGAGAAUUAAAAAAUCCGAUUUUUUGCUCUUGAUAUGUUCAAAUUGCAGCUUGAGCAGUUUUCUCAUUUUGUUCUAUGCAUGCUUUACUCUGCAUUCAUGUUAAGCUAAAACAAUAGUGCAGGCAGUUGAAGUGGGUAAUUGACAGGUCCUACCUCUUUUCUUCUCCCUUUUCUUCUCCUCUGUCUUUUCUGUCUGUCUUUCCCUCGUUUUCCCGGCACUAAAUGGCCAUUAUUGUGUCAGUGUGCUUCUAUUUACCCAAACCUAUAAGAUAGCUCUUUUAUCUUUAUACACUUUUUGAGUGUGGCUGUGAUUCCAAUGUCUUUUAGAACUAUUUAAAGCAUUGACAGGUCGGGUUUCUUCUCUGGACAUCGGAGAAAUGAUAGAUUCUAGGUUGUGUUGUAUUGACUAAGCUCCUAUUUAUUGUAUGUCUAGUGCUUGCUGGACCAUGUGCAACUACUUAAAGAUUCAACCAUAAUAUUCAUGAUAAAUAUAUUUUAAGUUUACAACUUUAUGUUUUUAUUUUCGUGAUUAUGUUUGCCACUUGUUCACUUACUUGAAGUGAAAGUAGCUUGCGGACACUAGAGGAAAGUAAUUUUGGCAUGUCAUGACUGGCACGUAAAAUGAGUUAUUCAGGUUGACUUUGCAUUAAAGUUACUUGAUUUUCUUGUCACAGAGACAAAAUUGUUUGAUAUGCUUAUUAUUUUUUUUAAAACCCAACCCUUUCCUUAUGUGGUUUACUUAAACUGCUGUGUUGCACAACCUUCUUGGGUUUCUAAUUCAGUGUAUUUCAGAGCAUGGAGUGGUUGUUUCAUGCUAAAAAUUAUUAACAAUUUACAAUUGGUUGGGCCUGGAGUUCAUGUCUUGGCUUUACAUGCAUUGAUAUUCGCUUGACAGGUGUGUUUGACUUUGACCUGAAGAGACCAAUAAUCUGACGACAAAAAUAUUAUUCAAAAGUCACUAUUUGUGUACUUGAAAAGUUUCCUUUUCCUAGAAGGUCACUAACUUAAGUGCAAACAACAAGAAGUACCAUUUGUGUCUGUGUAAUGAAAAAAGUUUCUGGGUCCGUUAUAGUUGUACUUUGAUUCACUGCAGUAUCAGUGGCAGAAGACCAAUCUGUGAUCGCUGUUUUAGUUCUGUAUAUUCGUUUUCAUUUAGUUUUGUUUUCAUCCGCAUCAUUUUUCAGUCAGUGUCGGAAAAAGAGUCUUUUGUUGAUUUUUAAGAUAUGUCAUACUAGUGCCUAAAGUAAAAAUAAUAUUGGGAGGUUUUAGUCUUCAUGAAGAUUUUUCAGUAUUUUUCACUGUGAAAUGUGAUGGUUGAAAAAAUGGGUUAACAGCUGACAGGAGUUUUAACUAAUAGACUGGGUUAUUAUCAUUAUUUUUUUUGCUUCUGAAGUUUUUUGUAAGUAUCGAUUUCAUUUUUUAUUUAGCAGUUCCUCUCUGUCUGGGGUUUUUGUUUUAUUUUAUUUUAUUUUUUGAACAACAGUAACUCUUUUAAAAGAAGAUUAUACACUUACACUUGUAUUUUUUCGGCUUAGUAUCGAUCAUUCAAUAUAUGAAAACUUUUCCGUUUUAUUUUCGGCCUGCCAAGUAUAGCUCGUGACAAAAGUAGAAUGCUUUUUACUGUUUAUGAUUAUGUCAAAUAUAUCAUAUGUAUCGAGACGACAAAAGUCUGAAGGAGGCUUACACUUUAUGGGUUCUGCUAAAGUUCGAAAAUUCUUUUUUUGGCCGAAAGAAAGGACCUGAAUUGAGCUGAAAGAAGAAAGUCCAUUAAAAUGCAUUUUUUAAUAGGUUCAGCAAUUGAUGUCAGUAUUUUUCCACUUUUAAAUCACUCUUAAAAAUUAGAAAUAAACAUCUAUUUGUUCCAACAUAUUUUAAGGGCAGGUUUCAGAUUUUAAAAAAAUGGUGUCUUAGUUAAUCCUAAUUAUAAUAGCAUUAUGAUUAUUAAAUGUUAUUUUGUUAGAAGCUUGAAUAAGUCACAUUUUGUAGACCGAAAUAUGAUAGUGUAGUUAUUGUAUUUUGUUUCAUACAUGGUGAAUUCUGACUGUCUCUGAAGCGGACAGAAAGCCUUAAAACCCUUGUACCAUGUGUCAUGCUGUGUUACUUCUUCACAGCUUUUACUUGUACUUCUGUUUACUGUCCACGGUAUUAUGGAGGCAUCUUUUGAUGUUUGCCACUCCAAGUCCAUCCAUUGUUCUCGAACUUACAGUCUAGUUUAUUUUUUACUGUUUUCAGUUUUUAUACUUUUGUAUGUUGCGUGUGUUUGCCAAUUUUGUUGGCAUUAAGUUCUGUUGUCGUGUUUGUUUUGUUGAUUUUUUUUUUUCCAUGAAUGGUAUAUCUUCUGUGUCUGUCUUUACCAUACUGAAAAGAUGAGAAUAAAGGUUAUUGUUUUUAAA